AUGGCAAGCUCCAGUGUCAAUAGAGAUCUAAAACCUGCUGGAUCUCAAGAUACUCUCACAGGCGAGAUUCAAAGCGAGGAGUCGGAAGCUGAAAGAGACGUGCACAGAGAUGCAAAUAACGAUAACCAAAGAGAAGAGAUCGAACCAAAAGACAAUGUACUGCAACUACCUGCCGCUACAACACAUGACGCCGACACGACACUCGAUACAACAUUGACACAUGAACGGGAGCCGACACCAUGGUACAAGAGGGCAAAUCCACUGCUGUGGAACAUCCCGCCGAUUCCGAAGGAGCGCACAGUAUCUAGAGAGCAUCAGGCCAGCUUCUUUAGCAAAGUCUCCUUUGCAUGGAUGACGCCCCUAAUGACGACGGGAUACAGACGUCAGCUGGACAAACAAGAUAUCUGGCUCAUCAAUCCAGAUAGGGCCUCUGAACGACUGAUUUGUCAAGUAAAGAACGCCUUCCAUAGACGAGUCCGGAACAAACAACAGAAUCCGCUCUUCUGGGCGCUGCAUGAGACAUUCAUGUUCGAGUUCUGGCUCGGCGGCUUGUGUUCGCUGGUAGCAUCCGUAUUGCAGGUCUUUACUCCCUUCACGCUCCGGUACCUGAUCCAAUUUGCAACCGAUGCCUACAAUGCCCAAUUGAGUCAUACAACGCCUCCUGUGGUUGGUCAGGGUAUCGGUCUAGUUGUCGGUGUCACUAUAAUGCAACUUUUGCAAAGCACCUGUACGAGCCACUAUAUCUAUCGAGGAAUGUUGAUCGGCGGUCAGACUCGUUCUGUGCUUGUUGGCCUCAUCUACGAAAAGUCCAUGGUUAUUUCCGGUCGUGCUAGAGCUGGCGGUUCCAAAGAAGCUCAAAUGCACAAGGCAGGCGAGAAAGAGGAUGAAAAAAAUGGUGCUGGUUGGAGUAACGGCCGAAUUACUAGCUUAAUGAGCGUCGACACAUCCCGCGUCGAACAGCCCUUAACUUCCUUUCAUAUGAUCUGGACAUCUCCCAUUACUUGCCUCAUCACCCUCGCCCUCUUAAUCGUUAACUUAUCAUACAGCGCUUUGGCUGGCUUCGGGCUACUCGUCAUUAGUGUUCCCCUGCUGACUAGGGCUAUGCGAAAUCUUCUCCACCGACGACAUGCCAUUAACAUGAUCACUGACAAGCGUGUCUCACUCACCCAGGAGAUACUUCAAUCCAUUCGUUUUGUUAAAUAUUUUGGCUGGGAAAAGGCUUUUGUUGACCGCCUGGAAGAAAUUCGUUCCAGGGAGAUUUCUUCUAUCCAAACCCUACUAGCGAUCCGUGACAGUAUUAACGCUGUUAGCAUGUCCAUGCCUAUCUUUGCGUCCAUGCUUUCAUUUAUUACUUUUUCACUAACCCAUAGUAAUCUGGCGCCAGCGGAAGUCUUCUCGUCUUUAGCCUUGUUUAAUAGUCUCAGAAUGCCCCUAAAUCUAUUGCCUCAGAUCCUUGGUCAGACUAUCGACGCAUGGUCGUCGCUUCAGCGUAUCCAACACUUUCUUCUUGAGGAAGAGCAGGAGGAGAACUUCAUUUAUAUACCUGACGAAAAGCUUGCUAUUGAGCUGGUUGGCGCCUCCUUCACUUGGGAGGGAACGCCCAACCAAGACCCCGACAACAGCGUCGAGAGCAAUGGCGCUGCGAAGACCAAGAAAGAUGUCGAGAAAGUCGAUGAGAAAAAGGAGAUUUCUCAGCAUAGUUCUUCCGAGGAGAGCAGUGUCGAUACCGUUUUAGAGGAACGCGAGCCGUUCAAGCUACAGGAUCUUAGCUUCCAAGUCGGACGAGACGAACUGAUUGCUGUUAUUGGCACCGUCGGUUGCGGUAAAAGCUCGCUACUCUCUGCUCUAGCGGGUGAUAUGAGGAAAACGAAUGGUGAUUUGAUAUUUGGCGCAUCUAAAGCGUUCUGUUCUCAGUAUCCCUGGAUUCAAAAUACAACAUUACAGAAAAACAUUACUUUUGGCAAGGAGAUGGAUAAACAGUGGUAUAAGGAUACUAUUAGAGCAUGUGCCCUUCAGACGGACUUGGACAUGCUGCCUAAUGGCGAUCAGACGGAAAUUGGUGAACGGGGUAUUACAAUUUCCGGUGGACAAAAGCAGCGUCUUAAUAUUGCGCGAGCAAUUUACUCUAAUGCCGAUAUAAUUCUUAUGGAUGACCCGCUGAGUGCUGUUGACGCCCACGUUGGCCGUCAUAUUUUUGAUAAUGCUAUUCUGGGCUUGCUGAAGAAUAAAUGCAGAAUUCUUGCUACCCACCAGCUCUGGGUUCUCAGCCGCUGUGAUAGGAUUGUCUGGUUGGACUCGGGCAAGAUUCACGCAAUCGACACAUUUGAAAAUCUUAUGCGUGACCAUAAAGGGUUUCGAACUCUGAUGGAAACUACUGAUGUUGAGAAAAAGCGGGAAGAGGGAAAAGAAGAGGCUAAUGGAAAGCAGCCGUCUCCGACUGAAUCUGUGAAGGCCCGAGAGGACAACGAGAACCUGAAAGGUGCUCUUAUGCAACAGGAGGAAAGGCCCGAGUCGAGCGUGCCAUGGGGUGUAUAUGGAGCGUAUAUUCGUGCUUCAGGUACUAUUCUCAACGGACCGCUGAUAUUCUUUAUUCUGGUUCUCGCUCAAGGCGCCAAUAUUGCAACUAGCUUAUGGCUGUCUUACUGGACCUCGAAUAAGUUUAACUUAUCAACUGGCCAGUACAUUGGCAUUUACGCCGGCCUUGGUGCCUUCCAAGCCCUCCUUGUGUUCCUCUUCUCUGUCUCGCUCUCUAUUAUGGGCACCAGCUCUAGUAAGGUUAUGCUCCGUGAAGCCGUUUUCCGCGUUCUGCGAGCACCUGUAUCAUUUUUUGAUACUACGCCCUUAGGCCGUAUUACAAACCGCUUCUCGCAAGACAUCAAUGUUAUGGACAACAAUCUCACAGACUCCUUACGGUUGUUUUUCCUUACUCUCGGUACGGUUACGGCUGUAUUCGCCCUUAUUGUUACUUACUUCCACUUCUUUGCUAUUGUUCUGGGUCCUAUGUAUAUCCUUUGCAUUCUGGCCGCAUUGUAUUAUCGUGCAUCUGCCCGCCAGGUCAAACAGUUUGAAUCUACUCUGCGAUCUACUGUUUUUGCUAAAUUUGGGGAGGGCCUCACCGGCGUUGCGUGCAUCCGCGCGUACGGAGUUCAAAACCAAUUCGUUCAGGAACUUCAAAGGGCAAUGGACGACAUGAAUAGCGCGUAUUAUCUGACCUUUUCCAAUCAGCGGUGGUUAGCUACCCGGCUUGAUCUGAUUGGCAACCUGCUUGUCUUUAUUAUCGGAAUCCUUGUUGUUACAUCUCGUUUUGGCAUCAAUCCUUCUAUUAGCGGUCUAGUAUUAAGCUAUAUCCUAACUAUUGUCCAGAUGCUUCAGUUUGCUAUACGUCUACUAGCAGAAGUUGAGAAUAGCAUGAAUGCUGUUGAACGCCUUCAUUAUUACGGUAAUAUGCUGGAAGAAGAGGCACCAUUACAGACCGUCGAUGUUCGAAAGUCUUGGCCUGAGAGAGGUGAAAUUAUUUUUGAAAAUGUUCAAAUGCGCUAUCGACCCAACCUUCCUCUUGUUCUUCAAGGAUUUUCAGCACAUAUAAAAGGUGGCGAGCGUAUUGGAAUUAUUGGCCGAACUGGCGCAGGAAAGAGCUCUAUUAUGGGCACUUUAUUCCGACUUGUUGAAAUCUCAAAGGGUUCCAUUAUAAUCGACGGUAUUAAUACUGCUACUAUCGGUCUAUAUGAUUUGCGAUCCCGCCUUACGAUUAUUCCGCAAGAUCCAACCCUGUUUUGCGGUACUGUCCGCACCAACCUCGACCCUUUCAAUGAGCAUAACAGCACCGAACUCUGGUCAGCCUUACGCCAAGCCGGCCUUGUCUCUACAGAUGCUGAUGGGGAAGGUUGCAAAACGGGCCAGAUCCGCCUAGAUAGCAUUGUUGAGGAAGACGGCUUGAACUUCUCCCUCGGCCAACGGCAGCUUAUGGCUCUAGCCCGUGCACUCAUCCGGGGCUCGCAGAUUAUUGUUUGUGAUGAGGCAACUUCCUCUGUGGACAUGGAGACGGAUGACAUGAUUCAAAAGGCGAUGGCCGUAGGCUUCCGGGGCAAGACGGUGCUGUGCAUUGCGCAUCGACUGCGCACGAUUGUGGGUUACGACCGCAUUUGUGUUAUGGAUGCGGGAAGGAUUGCUGAGCUGGACACACCAUUGGAGUUGUGGAAGAAAGGCGGUAUUUUCAAGAGUAUGUGUGACCGGAGCGGUAUCCGAAUGAGAGACAUACAGAGUGCUCGAGAAGAGCUAGAGAGAUUAUCCGGGCCGGGUGCAAUUUAA